GCUAGCGCAUGUGGUGUUUUAUCAAUAAUGUGCUAUUUUAAUGUGUGAAAUCCAGGUUAAUCUGGCACAAACAACGGGAUUAUAAUCCAGAUUAUGGUAUGUGUUUAUAAUCCACGUGCUGCGUGUGAUUUCUAUUUUUGUGGAUAAAUCGUUUAGUUUCAUUUUUACCUGCGGAAUUGUGAAGCUGUGAUCAAAUAAUACUUAAGACCUCGAUUAACAUGAUCUUUUUACGCAUUCCUAAUAAAGUUUAAGAGGUUUUUUUGGGGAUUUAAAUUUAUUUUUGAAGCUGCAAGACUUUGGAGAAGACGAUCUUGGACGCUACAGUUUGAACUGGACCGUGCUGUGCAGAGCCAAAACACACUCUUCAGGACUACCUUGGGUCGGUUGUUCUCAGAGCUCCGGUGUCUUUAGGACUUUGUUGGGCCAGUUGUUCUCAGAGCCCCGGUUUCUUCUGGAUUUCGUGGGGCUGGUUGUUCUCGGAUCCCCAGUUUCUUCUGGACUUCGUGGGGCCGGUUGUUCUCGGAUCCCCAGUUUCUUCUGGACUUCGUGGGGCCGGUUCCGCAAUGGGGAGCCAGGGCAGCCCAGUGAAGAGCUACGACUACCUCCUGAAGUUUCUGCUGGUGGGAGACAGCGACGUGGGCAAAGGAGAGAUCCUGGACAGUCUGCAGGACGGGUCAGCGGAGUCGCCCUACGCCUACAGCAGCGGUAUUGACUACAAAACCACCACAAUCCUCCUGGACGGACGCAGAGUGAAGCUGGAGCUGUGGGACACUUCUGGACAGGGCCGGUUCUGUACCAUCUUCAGGUCAUACUCUCGCGGCGCUCAGGGCAUUUUGCUGGUCUAUGAUAUCACAAACCGCUGGUCGUUUGAUGGCAUCGACCGGUGGAUCAGAGAAAUCGAUGAGCAUGCCCCUGGAGUGCCCCGGAUCCUGGUAGGUAACAGACUGCACCUGGCAUUUAAGCGUCAGGUGCCAACUGAGCAGGCGCGGGCGUACGCAGAGAAGAACGGGAUGACCUUCUUCGAGGUCAGUCCGCUGUGUAACUUCAACGUCAUUGAGUCGUUCACGGAGCUGUCGCGAAUCGUCCUAAUGAGGCACGGCAUGGAGAAGUUCUGGAGGCCAAACAGAGUGUUCAGUCUUCAGGACCUGUGCUGCCGGGCCAUCGUCUCCUGCACUCCGGUUCACCUGAUCGAUAAACUCCCUCUGCCCGUCGCCAUAAAGUCUCACCUCAAGUCCUUUUCGAUGGCGAACGGCAUGAACGCAGUGAUGAUGCAUGGCCGUUCGUACUCACUCGCCAAUCCCAAUGCCGCAUCCAAGGGAAACUCGCUCAAACGCUCCAAAUCCAUCCGACCGCCACAGAGCCCCCCCCAGAACUGCACCAGAAACAACUGCAAGAUCUCAUAACAGCACAGCAUGAGGUAAUUUUGAACAAGUCACAUUGGACCAGUUCUGGUUUUGUCUGGACUCUGUCGGAGCAAAGACUAAUGGGUAAAACUGUCCACUUGGGCAGAGCCUUUAAACUGUGCCUCAUGUAAUCGCAGACACUACGUUUGAGACUCUCUUGUACAGAUUUUUAACUGUGACAUUGAACGCACCACAGCACACGGUUUAUUCCAGUACUUUGUCUUUUUGCUCUAUAUAAUAUUUUCAUGUGUUUUUUGCUAUUUAAAUGACCAAUAAGCUAUCACUGAGCACUACACACUCUGUCUGCCUAAAACACUACACACCUCUUCAUAUCUGUCUAAAAACAUUACACACCUUUCCAUAUUUAAAAACACUACACACCUCUUAUUAUCUAAAUACACUGCACACCUCUCCAUAUCUGUCUAAUAACACUACACACCUCUUCAUAUCUAAACAUUACACACCUCUUCAUAUCUAAAAACACUACACACCUUUUCAUAUCUAAAAACACUACACACCUCUCCAUAUCUAAAAACACCAGACACCUCUUUAUAUCUUAAAACCCUUGCACGUUUUGGAAGCAGCGACGAAAGCAAGAAUCGUUGGCAACAAGAUAAAAACGGGGAAUUGGAAAU